GUCUUAAAAAUUUAAUAAUAAUAAAAAACAAAUAGAAAAACCACUAACAACAACUUCUCAUAAGAAACUAAUUAUUAAGAUAACGCAGUAAAAAUGCACCCACCGUAACACCUAGCCUACAUGAUCUAUAAUGACAGAAUAAGUUUCAACACUUUCAGUGUAUCUUGAGGUAACUUGUCACUAUAAAUACAAAUGGUAAAUCAAUUUUAAUAUGUCAGUUGUUAUUUAUAUUUACAAAACAAAGUAAACAUUAAAUAUUUUUGACCGAUUAUACAAUGUCCAACAUAUUACAGAUUACUAUGAUAGGCCUAACUACAGCCGUUGUUUUUACAACAGCACAUCGUGCCACAUCAUUUGCUUUUUACCAUCCAAUUUUCCAUAACACUCAAAAACAUGGACACGAUUUUUACUCACCACCCCAUUAUACGUACAAAUAUGGCGUCAAAGACCCACAUACCGGUGACAACAAAGAACAGUGGGAAGAACGUCAGGGAGAUGUUGUACACGGUGGAUACUCCUUCAUCGAACCAGAUGGUCGCAUCCGCAAAGUAACUUAUACAGCCGACAAACACAACGGAUUCAAUGCUCACGUUGAAUUUAUUCAUCAUUCUCGCCAUCCUCAUCAUUACAAACGAUUUAAUUGAAAAUAUUUUACAGUUAUAAUAUUUAAUUUAAUUUAAUAA